UAGUUGGUGCGGGAGCAGCCAACGUUAUUUCCGAGUCAGUCUACUGCCGUUGCUGGUGGCGGUACGUCGAGUUUUGUAACGUUCUGACGUUUGCGGUUCUUCCGUAACAGCAGCGUGAUCGUGUCAAUUCACGAGCCGCGGUUGACAACUUGGAAUCAAUUUUUUCCCGUCCAUCGUUUUUUCGCUGAUACCGAACAACUUGUGGCACUGCGAAAGAAGUAUCGCGUAAUGACAGCCGCCAGCUGAAAAUAAACCGUUCUCGAGAAUUCUCUUUCUCGAGUGUGAGAAAAUCAUCAUGGACCUUACUUCAAAAAACAACCUAAAUGGAACCAAUAACGGCGUGCACGAGAAAACAAAAAAUGCUUUCAACAAAGGCAACGGCACUACCUGUAUGACGUAUCUUUCAAAAAUGGCUGCAGUGGACAUCGAAUUCAACGAUGUGACGUAUUCAGCACCGAGUAUUCGGAAAGGAUCAAAAAUGAUUCUAAAAGGUCUUAGCGGUCAAUUCAAAUCAGGCGAUCUGACAGCAAUUCUGGGUCCUUCUGGUGCUGGAAAAUCGACGCUACUCAACAUCUUGGCAGGAUACAGAUGUACGGAGACGGGUGGUUCGAUAAGUAUCAAUGGACAAAUACGGGACAUGGAUGAGUUCAAAAAGAUGUCGUGUUACAUCAUGCAAGAAGAUCUUAUACAACCGCACCUUACGGUUUUAGAAGCGAUGAGUUUCGCUGCUGAUUUAAAACUCGGUAGAAGAAAAUCGACAUCCGAAAAACGCGCUGCUAUUGAUGAAAUCCUAAGUACGCUUAGAUUAAGCGCAACUCGAGAUACUAUCACAAAUAGACUCUCCGGUGGUGAAAGAAAGAGGUUGACAAUUGCACUCGAGCUGGUAAAUAAUCCACCUGUUAUUUUCCUUGACGAACCGACUACUGGAUUAGAUGAGCUCUCCUCUAUUCAGUGCAUUGAUGUUCUCCAGAGGCUGGCGCAUUUCGGGCGGACUGUUGUAUGCUCGGUACACACGCCUAGCGCAAGCGCAUUUCAAAAAUUUGAUCAUGUUUACAUCAUAGCCAACGGACAAUGCGUUUACAGAGAUUCCGCAAGCAACGUUGUGCCAUUCUUGCGAAACAUAGACAUAGAAUGCCCAAAACAUUACAAUCCGGCGGACUUCAUAAUAGAAGUCUCAACGGGUGAUUAUGGUUUCCAUGUGGUCGAACGGAUGGUCGCAUGCGUAAACGCGAAGCUACCGCUUCCAAUUUGUCGAUCAAACAACUUUGAUUUCGAUAAAAAGAACUUAAAAAUUUCAUGGUUCGAUCAAUUUAGUACGCUAGUGAAGAGAAUGAUGGUGCAAAUUUAUCGGAAUAGAAAUUACAUGUACCUGAAGAUAAUGCUACACCUGUUUCUUGGAUUUGUAAUAGGGGCGUUAUUUUUUAACAUGGGCAAUGAUGCGUCUAAGGCCCUCUUCAAUUUCGGCUUUUGCUUCGCAUGUAUCAUAGUUUUUCUGUACAUACCCAUGUUACCAGUACUGCUGUAUUUUCCUUCGGAAAUUCAACUAAUGAAGCGUGAGCAUUUUAAUAGAUGGUACGAUCUUAGUGCGUAUUUUUGGGCCUUUACAAUUGUUAAUAUACCUUUGCAGAUAUUUUUCGCAAUUUUAUAUCUGUCACUAGUCUAUUUAAUCACGGGUCAACCCCUAGAGUUACAUAGAAGCGCCAAGUUCUUUGGAACUUGUUUUGUGUGUGCCUUCAUCGCUGAGAGUAUAGGACACAACGUUGCUAGCGUAUUUAAUGCUGUGAAUAGUGUAUUCGCUGGACCAGCAUUAUCUUGUCCCAUGAUGCUAACCGCGGUACAAGAUUUCGGCGAUACAAGACCUCUACCGCUUUACCGGACAAUUCCCAUGUACAUGAGUUACAUCCGGUACGCACUGGAGGCUCUUAUAACGGCCAUGUAUGGUUAUGGUAGACCGAGAUUACCUUGCCCAAAGGAGGAAAUAUACUGCCAUUUCAGUUCGCCUAAGGAAAUCAUGCGAACAAUAGGUGCAGAGACACCUCCAAAUUUUUGGUUGGAUAUAUUCGCUCUUUUCGUUAUCUUAUUUAUUUUUAAAGGACUCUCAUAUUAUCUGUUGAGACAAAGGGUUCAACCAAACAAAGCUUUUCAGAUGAUUCACACAAUUAGAAAAAUGAUCAAAAGCCAUUUAAAUAUGUAAUUGUUAGCUAUAUGUUUUAUUUUCGCACGUAUCAGGACGUAUGACAUGUUAACUUUUAUAGGCUCAAUGUUCUCUAAACAAAUAAAAUACGUUCUGGAAAUGUGGACCUGGAAUGUAUUUGCGUCGAGGAUACAAAUUUGUCGAUACAAUGAUAUAUCAAACGUGAUAUUAAUUAUACUAAAAGAAGAAAAGAAAAUAAAAUAAUUUGUAAAAAUUAAA